AGACCUCCAGUUUUUGAACACCACACUGUUCUUACCUACUGGCCCUCUACCCCACGCACACGAGGAGAGAGAACCACAGAAGUCAUGUUCCCUCUUCGUCUACCCUUGCUGGCCGUAUUGGUCAGUAUGGCCCUGUGCCAAUAUUAUGACUACGACUACCAGCCCGUAUCCAUGCUAGGACCCUCAGGGCCAAACUGUAAUCAAGAGUGCGAUUGCCCAGUCCUGUUCCCCACCGCCAUGUACUGCGACAACCGCAAGCUCAAGUCUGUUCCCUUUGUCCCAACGGGAAUCAAGUACCUGUACCUCCAAAACAACCAGAUAGAAGAGAUCAAGGCCGGAGUGUUUGAUAAUGUUACCGAUGGACUUCGUUGGCUGGUCCUUGACAACAAUCAGAUCACCAGUGGUAAGAUAGCAAAGGGUACAAUCGACAAACUCACAGCUCUUGAGAAGCUAUUCUUUAGCAACAACAACCUAACAGAGCCAGUCAUCCCUCCCUCAAAGUCUCUCGAAGAGCUGAAGAUGAUGCACAACCAGUUGUCCAAGUUUCCCUCUGGGCUUUUGAACGACAAGGAGAACUUGACCUCCAUCAGCCUUCAGCACAAUCAGCUGAGCUCAGACGGUAUCAGCGGUGCAUUCAAAGGGCUGAAGAAGCUGCUGUCCCUGGAUGUCAGCCACAACAAGCUGAAGAAGCUGCCAGCCGGAGUCCCCAGUUCACUGGAGAUCCUCUAUGCUGACUACAACGACAUCGACAGUGUCUCAGCGGGAUACCUGAAUAAGGUGCCUGCACUGCAGUACCUGAGGAUCUCCCACAACAAACUGGUGGACUCUGGACUCCCUGCAGGAGUGUUCAACGUGUCAUCGCUGGUGGAGCUGGACCUGUCUUUCAACAAACUGCAGUCCAUCCCCGAGAUCAACCAGCAGCUGGAGCAACUCUACCUCCAGGCCAACGAGAUCAACAAGUUCAACCUGGAAAGCCUCUGCAAGUACGUUGAUGUCCUCCACUUCUCUCACCUGAAGCACCUGCGUCUGGACGCCAACAACGUCACACACACCGACAUGCCCCCUGAAUACACCAACUGCCUGCGCCAAGCUUCAGAUAUCAUGUUUGAAUAAGGACCUCCCUCAUUACUUCCAUGACACAGCUCAGCCCAAAGCCUUCAGGAAUUAAAGGGCAAAAUAUCCCUCCUGUCAUAGCGGUCACAUGUCCAUGCACAUAAUCAGUAUGCAAAUCUGAAGUACUGAGAUGGCAUCUUCAUCAAUUAAAGAUAUAUCUUAAAUAAAUCACGAGCUGUGCAAAUUUGAGACAAAAAUGGAUGGCAAGACAACAAUUUCACCAAACAUGCAAUCAGAAAUAACAGAUUCUCUAAAGAUUCUCAUUGCUCAAAUAUAUAUGAAGGCAAAAAUGGGGGGAAACUCUAAAAAAACAUAUAUAAAAAGGACCAAAAGCAAUAUGAAUAGAAAUGAAUUCAUAUGCUUUGAUUAACAACACACACUUUAAACAUUCCAAACUUGCAUUUGAUGGCAUUGAUUAUAGACACAAUGGAGUAAACAGCGGCUCCAAUGUCUCAAUUCAGUUGUCUUUUUGUUGUCUGUCUUGUUUGUCCCAAUGUUUAGCAUGUAUAAUAAUUAAUCCAUUGCUGUGCAAAGGACCAGCAAAUAAGGACUGCGUAGUCCGAUGUCAGUGUAAAAUGCCUAAUGUGAGAAAUGUAAAGUAGCAGUUACAUAGCAGUCAUAUUUUUCAACAUCUUGGUCAAAGUAGUAUCAAAGUGGUUUUAUGGUAAAUACCAAUGCCUACAAAACACCAAAUUGUGCCUUGAUUGACUUGAAAAAUAAUAAUACUGAGAGAAUAACUUCCCAGUACUUUCCAGUACUUAUUUUUAGAGAGUAACAGAAACAAUACAUGAUUAAAAGACAUUGGUAUUCUCCUUUAAACUACUUUCAAUUAAGCCUUGAGAUGAUAUGAUGUUUUCCAGAAAUCACGAGUCAAAUUGUUUCUUUUCCUAAUUCCUAGCUGUCAUGCGCAUUGCUGAUUUGUAUACAUUUGCAUUACUUGCAUGCAACCAAUGGUACCAUUCUUUGAUAAUAAACUACAGCUUUUGCAGUUAAGGUGCUCUCAUUGUUACGUUGUUGUUCACCAUGUUUGAUGAAUGCUUCUCACCGGUACAAAGUCAGUGUGGCAGCAGUGCCAUGUUGACUGAAGUUUUGUUAUUAGAAUAUCACAUAUUGUUCAGGUAAUUUUUUUUUAUUAUAUCGUGAUUUCUUUUGUGGCCUUUGACUCGGUAACUGCUCUUGGAUUUGCUGUGAGGAAACUAAACACAGUUGAAUAAACUAAUGUUUCCAACUUA